GAAGUAGGCGGAUGUGACGUCGUGGUGUUUACACCGCUAAUUUGAGUAGCAAAUGAACGUUAGCUGAGAAAAAUAAAAAGGAUAUAAUAACGUUUCUGCUUCACACAUUUACAAGCAAGGUUUGGCUGUUGUCGCCGUAUUUCAAUGGGUGCUCACGGGGUUUUGGGGAACGAACCCGAGUCCAUCGACUACUCAGUGCACGAAGCCUGGAAUGAGGCCACCAAUGUCUACCUGCUGGUUAUCCUGGUCAGCUUCGGCCUGCUGAUGUACGCCAGAAAAAACAAGAGGAAGAUCAUGCGUAUCUUCACUCUGCCUCCCACCGUCGGCAGCAGCCCAGAGCCCAACUUCUACGACAGCCUGCAGAAGGUCCGCCUGCGGCAGCAGCUAGAGAUGUACUCUCUGGCCAGGAAAUUUGACCAGCAGCAGGGCCAGACCGACAGUGUGCAGCUCUCCAUGGAAUGAAAGCAGGAAGGAACUCACCCCUUUCUGUCUGAGCAAACACUCCUGCAUAUAAUUCCAGCCCUCUGUGCGUGGAUAGGAUAAGACCUGGAUGUCUGUCAUGAUCAGAGAUGGUACAAAUUAUGUUACUUCCAUCCUGGUUGUUUCUGUUUGGCUCCUCAAAUGAGAAGCAAAGUUAUUCACCUCCUGUUGUCGUCUUCGUCUGUUACGUGUGGAGUAAGUACUGUACAGCUGGACGGAUGGAGAGGCCAAGAGCACAGGGAGUGAGGCAUCCAACAGUGACUGAGGAAUGAUAAAUCUGCAACUGCAGGAGAUGUCACUGAGAUACUCUCAGUAUGGUGUGAGAUUGAAAAAAAGUCCACCGUGAAGAUUGUUUUGCACACAGAACAAAAUCCUUUAAAUUUAGCACAGGUUCUAGUUUGUUUCCAUUUGUUUUUUACUUGUUUACUUGUUUAAUGUUUUGUGUUAAUCAAAAUUUUAAAAAUGUGAAAAUAAAGGCACAUACAUGUAAAGCAGCUGAGUCAGCAAAUGUUUUGAUUAUCAGAUCUGAGUUAACUCAUGAUGAUUGGCCUGUGUUUUAUUUGACUUCAUGGCACAACUUCAAAAAUGUUUUUUGUUUUACUAGUUUUCUUGUAUCUUACGAAGGAAGCAUUUUAAGGGUCAGAUCACCCAAAUUACAAAAAUAACAUUUUCUCACUUAGCUGGCUGGGUCCAGCCGUGCAGAUGAUUUACAUUUUUCACUUAUUGCCAAUUACUCUGUAUAGUCCACAGAACAUGGUGUAAAAUGUAAUGUAAUUCCAAUAAAGUCUGUUGACACAGAAGUCUGAAGGUUGUUCAU